ACCUUCGGUCCGCCUGGAAAUCCGAGGAUAUCCUUCCCCCACCGUCGCCCGUUUCCUGGUCAAAUAGCGGGAACGAAGUUAAGUCGACGCGCCUCGAUAGCUUCAGAACGUCAUGCUCGCCUCUCUUUAGUUUAUUCUUGGCUCUGACUUAUUUCGAAUUUCUGCUUUUGAUUUGACGAACAUAGAUUUGUUUAUAUUUUGUUGUGUGUAGGUUAGUUUUGUUUUUGUAGUGGUUAAAGUUAUUUUCGCGUUAGUAGUUGAAGACUUUGGUUGCUCCCGCGGCUUUGCUAAUACGAAGCAUCUUGUAGAGGAUGCAUCCGCACAUACAAAUGUAGGACGUGUGUACGAGGCACAACUUACGGAAAGGAAGUUCGAAUGGCAUUUCAAGUCACGCGUUACUAAAAUUUCGAAAUUCAUUGACCGUAGACCGCUCAACGAAGAUAACAAUGGACCUUGAUAACCCUAGCUACUUCUCAGUACCUACCGACGAACCCGACUGCAAUAUUUCCCAAAUACGCAGAAAAAACCGAAUAGGAAACUCAGAAAGCUCUUCCUCUGAGGUGUCGUUGACACGACAACUAACCCCUCCUAGGUACAAUAACAGACGGGAACUCAGAAAUCUAUUGAGGUCCGUUAGUACCAAUUCCGCAGAUUCCAAUCAAGAACUCUUAAUAUUGGGUGAACCACGCCUAAGUGACAUGGCACCGGAUUUAGCAUUUAAGCAUCCAAGUCGUUCAAAUUCCUUAAAACGAUCUCAAGAAAACGGACAGUAUUUACUACUUUCUACUGAGGUGGAAGUACAUCAAGAAGAUGAUCUCCUUGAGGAAGACGAAGUCUUUUUAGCUGAAGAUAGCGCUAGAUAUACUAACUUUACUGUUAAAGCGAGGGUCUCCAAUGGAAAUUCUAGCCCUAAAGACUGUGAAAGCCCUAGAAGGCAUUCAGUGGGUACCUUCAGUACUUCAAGGGAUAGUGUGGCUUCUUCCGCGCGAAGCUUUAAAGAUGAUUUUACCCCCAUGAUGCAAGAAAAUGUAGCCUCUACUUCUGCUAUCGAUGAACAUUCUUUGAGGCACAUGUCGUAUCCUAGAAAGCGUUGUUUGAAGUGUACUAAAGGUACUUUACAAAAACAGCCCACCAACAUGGAUGACAUUUUAAUUGUAUCUAGAAAGAGUAGUGAACCUGCUGGACUCUGGGUGGAAUAUUUUAAUAACUAUUUUGAACAGAUGGGACUGUCCGUUUCAACAAAUAGUAACAGAAAAUCUUUCAAGUUGCAAAAUGUAUAUUUGGAGGACUCACUCACACCAAAGGUGGAAGACAAAGCAUUUCAAGAAGGUGCCACCGGUGUAAAACUGCAAAUCGUAGUAUUAUGCCCAACAUUUUUGGAAUUCAUCUCUCAGCAUCCAGAAGAAUCACAAAAACUUACAAAGCUCUUAUUACCUGAUCGAACUUUGGCUCUGCUGCUGGGAGUGAACGAUUCAGAUUUUGAAAAGCAUAAGAGUGCUCUCCCCACCUAUUUUCAGUGGCAAAGGCAUUCAGUUGGCCAGGACCAAGACCAGACCUUCACAAAGGAGUUCUUGGGCCAUGCUAUAGCGAUACUCUCCAGGAUAUGGAAGAAACAGAAUUCGGUUAUAGGCCAAGACAAGUCUUGUUUUUCUGUUACACCGAAGAAAGUUAGACAGGGUCAAACAAGUGUUUUUGUUUUGCUCACUCACCCUCUUCAAAAAGAAGAUAUAGUAAAAAUAUCUGUAGAACGCAAUGGUGAUCUGCAAGAAAUCGAAUCUAUCAAACGUCGAAAUCCUUAUAUUGUGAAGAUUUCUUUACCCGAUAAUAUGACAGAUAUGACAGCAAUAGUGCAUAUAUUAGUGGAGAAAAAUGGAAGUAUGUUGGGAAGUCGACCUAUUAAAUGUGAAAGUAAAAUGAUGGAGUUGGGUCAGAUAUUGAGAGGCAUGAUUAAUCCAAUUGAGUUUAUGUGUCAGACUGUUGGGUUUAGUCCAGCCGACCGAGAACAGUUGGACAACUGGUUAGUGCAAGAGUUUCAGAAAAACUUGCCGCCACAUUUGAAUUUGAUUGGUAGUCAUAGUACACCGUUUGCUGCCAGUGUAUCAGUACAUAAACACAGCAAUGAAGAAUACCCAACCCUCCUACACUUCGCUGCGAAAUUCGGAUUAGAAAAACUCGCCACAGUCCUAAUGGAUUGUCCAGGUGCCAAUAUCGCUUUUGAAAUUCGAAAUUGUCAUGACAUGACGCCGACGGACAUAGCAGACAAUAAUGGACAUUACACACUGUCGAACAUGUUAAAAAUGAACUUGAACAUGAACGAAGUUACUUCUACGUAUAUUAAGUUAAAGGAAAUCAUAUCGAAGCAUUCAAAUGAAAUGGAUCCCAAUGGAUAUAUGACCCCUAAUGAGAUUGUGGAAAACGUUUACAAGAUGUGUCCAGCUCCGCGGCCAGUCAAUCCAGAAAUGACUAGCAGUUAUCCCACUAAUCGUUCACCUGCAGUAACGCCCUCUAGUGAAGCUAGUUCGCCCUUUUAUAUGGCCACGGGUCGAAAUCCUCAAGCAUUUUCAAGGGAGGAUCUUCGUCUAGAUGAUUUAGUAGCCAAAGCAGAUCCCCAAAAGAGAAAUGCACGAUCUCCGUCUCCGAAUGCAAGAACUAAACAUGUGAUUGAAGAUAAGGCUCAACAAGAAUUAGCCGAAAUUAUUAACGAUUUUAAGAAUAAAGUCCAUUCUUUAUCCGAGGUUGAAAAAUUAGUAGAAGCAUGGACCAAACGAAACGACGUCCAAAAAUCAUUCAAAGAAAAACAAGAACAUCUGAAAGUUCUACGUAGGGAGUAUGAGAAUGCGCAAAAAUUAUUAGAGCAAAAUCAAAAGUGCAAAAAACGACGUCCUUCAAUCGUGGAAAACAUCCUCUGGAAAGUAUUUUCCAGAAGUAACAGUAAAAGAAACUUAACGCAACAGAAAUCCAAUGAAGAGUCUACGAUGGUUCAAUUUAUUUCUGGACCACCGUUACAGUUGAACCAAAGCGCCAGGCCUAUUAGUAGUCUUAGUACAUCUUCUAGUGGAUCCAGUGCUAGAAUGAGCACAAUAAGUGGAUGUAGUGUUGGAGAUAGCGGAACCCAUUCGGAUAUUGAGGAUAGGAAGAUUAAUUUUGGGAACAGUCACUCAGAUCAAAACUGUCUUCCGGACUGUAAAGACGAGACACUUAACAAGUCAAUAUUAGAUUGGAACUACACCCCUGUACCCAUACCGAAACCAGUAAAGUUUCCCGCUCAUUUUGAAACUAUCGAGGAAAACAAAGCAACCAGAGCCGAUCAGUUUAGUUCCCAACAGUAUAUUCAAUUCCCACCUAAUGGGCAACCCGUUGAAGGAUUCACAGACUCAAAAACUGCAUUAGAUUCACCUUCAUCACCACACAAUGAAUACAUGAAUAUUCCCCUUCCACCCAAGAUGAACACAAGUCAACAUGAUUAUAUGAACAUGAGGCCGCCCACAUAAUGUAUAGUUAUAUAAGUUUUUGUAGUUAAAAUAUUUCAAAACUAAAAAAAAGCCUGAUAAUCAUAGUAUUUGUUAUGUUUUAGUACCAAAUUAUUUAUAAAACAAAUUGUUUGUUGGACGUGUGAUUGAUUUUGUGUUUUGGGCCAUAUUUAAUAAACUCUUAUUAAUAUUUGCUUAAUGGUAAUAGAAAAAUAUUAUCGAGCAUUUAUGUUUUUUAUGCAUUUUUUAAGGGUUAUAUUGUAUUUAUAUAUCGAUGUUUUGUGUUUUAUAUAAGACAUAUUUAUACAGCAUUUAUGCCCUAUUUUAUUAAUUUUUGAUUUAUUAAAUAAUGUGUCUAACGCACGAACAUGUUUUUUUUUUAAUUAUAUUAUAUAGUUUUAUAUUUUGUACAUUUUAAUAAAAUAAAAUAAUGUUGUAUUAUACAGA